UUUACUUACCCUGAUCUUUACUCCCCGCAGACAGGUGAAGGAGUGAAAGAUGCCAGAAAAGGAAUAUGUGCCAAUCACGUGAGCACGAUUGCCAACUUCUUAAAGGGAGCCCACGUGACCAUUAACGCCCGGGGCGACGAGGAUGUGGAGCCUGAGGUCAUCAUGGAUAAAGUCGGCAAAGCCUCAGGGGCCAACUACAACUUCCACAAGGAGUCGUCUCGCUUCCAGGACACAGGCCCACAAGCUCCUGUGGGCUCGGUCUAUCAGAAAGUGAACGCCAUGUCUGAAAUCCACAAAACUAACAAAGACAGCUUCUGGGCACAGCAGGAGAAAGAUGAGGUGGUCCGGCGUGGCGACGAGAAGAAGAAAGCGGCUUUGGAACAGGAACGUUUGGAGAGGGAGCGGAAGGACAGGGAGCAGAAGGAGAACGAGAAUCGGGAGCUCAAGUUCAAGGAAAGGUCCAGUCAGAUCGAAGCCCAAAAGCAGUUCCAGAAAAAACAAGACAGUCAAAGCCGGGAGCAUGAGAAACAGCGCUGGGAGGAACAGGAGAAGGAGCAUCAGGCUAUAAUGAAGAAAGGCAUCAAGAGAAGUGAAUCCAUUGAGAAGGCCACGGAGGCAGCAUCUGUUAUCUCCCAGAGAUCAUCGAAUCCCAGGAACCUGUUCCAGGAUCGGGAACGGAGCAGGCCUGGAGACGCUUCACUUGCUGCCAACCAUCAGCCAGGGAAGCUGAGGAGCCCAUUCCUGCAGUCACAGCUCAGCCAGCCCGAGCCCCCUCCCUCUCCGCCCCGCAAGGCUGUGCAGCCAGAGGCUAAAGCGGCAGAGAGGCCCGAGGUACAGGAGGAUCCUCAGCCACAAGCCGAGGUGACGGAUGAGAAGGACGGAGACGAGGAUGAUCACAACUGGAAGUUGCACCAUUCCGAAACGCUGGAGCACGAGGACCUGUACCAGGAACCACAGGAGGAUAUUUAUCAGGAUCCUGAGCAGGGAUGUGAAGAUCCGUCAACA